AUGUCGACUUCGCAGAAGGACGUGUUCCUGAUCGGUCCAGGAUUUAUUGGACGCAACGUCGUUGAUUUGCUCCUAGCCGAAGGCUACACAGUCACCACGCUCGUCCGUCGCGAAUCAUAUGCCAAAGAAUUGCAGAAUGAUGGUAUUCAAACCGUCAUUGGCAAUCUCAACGACGACGCAACCAUCACCAAGCAGACCAUUGCUAGCGAUAUCGUCUUCCAUACGGCCACCGCCGACGACUUACCAUCAGUGGAGGCCGUGAUCGAAGGCAUCAAAGCCCGUGCCAAAGACGGCAAACAGACCAUCUACAUCCACACCAGCGGCACCAGCCUCGUCAGCGAUGACUCGAAAGGCCAAUACAAGGGCGAAAAGAUUUACUCGGACGACAAACCCGAAGAUAUUGACGCUUUGCCGGACACGGCUUCUCAUCGCCUAAUCGAUUUGGCAAUCCUCAAGGCUCGCAAAGAACUCGGCACGAAGGCGAAACUGGCGAUCAUGAUCCCACCGCUUAUCUACGGCGUGAAUCCGAAGUACAAGCGGCUGAGCAUCCAAUUGCCCACACUGACACGGUUCGCCCUUAAGCACGGCUAUGCCGGACAAGUCGGCAAAGGGGCGUCGGUGUGGUCCACGGUCCACGUCCUCGAUCUCGCGAGAGGGUACAUCACACUGUUACACUGGCUCGAGCAGACACCCCCCGAAAAGGUGCUGGAGAAUCCGUACUUCUUCUGCGAAAACGGUCAAGACUGCGCAUGGACGGAGUUCGUGGAGACGAUAGGACAAGCUUUGCAUGACGCUGGACGGAUCACGGAUGCUAAGCCACAGACGAUUCCGGAGAAGGAUUAUGGCGACCUCUUUGGCGAGUUCACGGCGUGGGUGGUUGGGAGUAAUUCACGAAGUCGUGCGAAGAGGUUGAGGGGAUUGGGAUGGAAACCAAAAGAGAAGGAUGUUUUUGCGAGUCUAAAGCAGGAUGAGAUUCCCAUCUUGCUGGAGGAGAAGGCGGAGUUUAGUGGAUAUGCUGGUGUCGCGGCUUCAGGGGCGCCGUCUUGA